UUUUGUUAUGCUUUGUUGGUGAAGGUAACCAAUGCCAUCAUUAUAUUUCACGUGUAUUCCAACAAAGAGACAAGAAUACCAUUUGUCAUGGAACUGCAGUCCAGUGUCAUACUAUUAUGACUAGGCCUACUUGUAUCUCUAAAUUUCCACUCAUCGGAGGCAGUGAGAUUUCUGUUCCAGCCAACGCCCCAAGCAGCAGUAGAGGGAAAACGAGCACAUGUUACCUGUAUUUUCGGAGAUAUCACCGAUGACAUGGAAGGAAAAUACAAUAUCAUCUGGACCAAAGAUUCUUACAUCAUAACCAACCUAAGUAAUGGAUUUGAUCUGGAUCGCUUUGGUUUUCAUAAUAUCUAUGCCAAGAGGAAACACUUCCUGAGGAUUGAUCCUGUCAAGAGAGAGGAUGGUGGAAGGUACAGAUGUCAUUUACGCUAUAAUGGUGAAAUAUUAUUAACAUCUAGCAUCGGUAUGCUCACCAUUCGCGAAAUCCCAUCAAUUACAUACCCACUCGUUGAAAUCGGAAGGUCAACCUACAAGAUUGGUGAGGAGGUCACGGUAAAAAGUGUUUGUGAAAAGACCAAUCCAACAGCAAAGCUAGAAUGGGGAUUAUCAGAGCAGAAGCGUUUUUUAGAACCAACUACCAAGUCCGGAGAAAAUCAUACACAUAUUUGGAUUGAAGCAAGAGUUCCUGCAACCCCUGACCUAGAUGGUGUUUGCUUUGAAUGUAAAAUGAAAGUAGAAGAUGAAGUUGCCCCAAGAUACUCACAAAGUGGACGCCUUUCUAUUAUUGAUGGUCAAAUUACAACUAACAAACCACUCCAGCAGACACGUACGAAAAAUCUGACAGAUUUGUCAUCUGAUAUGUUAGGUGGCAUAAAAGCAGAAAGUUAUGAAACUACUGCUAAUGGUGGUACACAGCUAGGAAUAGAAAUGGCUGUCACACAAAUUGUAGUAGUUUCAUUAAUACUUAAUGCUAUGGCAACUUGAUAAGCGUACUGAGGCGUGUGUUAAAU